AACACACUCUCCCCCGCAGAAUGGAUCCUCACCGGAACCACAUGCCCGGCUGUUCCCCUCCCUCUUCCUCCCCCUCCACCACCUCCUCCUCCCCAAACCCUACAUCCUCCAACCACCACCACCACAACACCACCAACAACAACGGCCACAACAACCACCACCAGCAGCAGCAGGACCCUGACCCGAUGCACUCGUGGUAUGAAUCCGUCUCCAAAGCCCGGUCCCGCAUCCACCUCCUCUCCUCCCUCCUCCCCCCCACCCUCUCCCCACCACUCUCCUCCCUCGCCGACGACUCCGACAACCCUGCCCUCUCCCUCCUCUCCUCCCACCCCACCUAUUCCGCCCUCUCCUCCUCCCUCUCCGGCUCCCCCCACGACCCCCUCUGCCACUGGCUCUAUGACACCUACCUCUCCUCCGACCCCCACCUCCGCCUCGUCGUCCUCUCCUUCGUCCCCACCCUCGCCAACCUCUACCUCUCUCUCCUCCACUCUCUCUCCUCUGACUCCCCCUCUUCCUCCUCCCUCGCCGGCUUCGAAGCCGUCCUCCUCUCUCUCUACUCCGCCGAGACCAAAUCCCGCAACGGCAAACCCCUCCUCGUCUCCAUCCCCGACCUCUCCCUCCCCUCCCUCUACCACACCCCUCGUCGAUCAUCCUUCGACAAACCAAACCCUAACGCUAACCCUAACCCUUACUCAACCAAACCAAACCCUAACCCACGCCCCUCGGUAGGACUCAUCUCUCCUCCUCUCGAGCCCCAGACCGCCGUCAGAUCCACCAAGCGCGCCACCAUCGUCGGCGUCGCGCUUGACUGCUACUACAAGCAGAUCUCCCAAAUGCCCGCCUGGUCCAAGCUCGAUUUCUGCCGGUUCGUGGCUGAUUGGGCCGGUCAGGACUGCCCCUGCAAAUCAGAAUUUGAUGGGCCCGAUGAGAUUGCUGAGGAGAUGGGUGAUUUGGGGAUUAGCGAAAACGGGUCCAGUGGUGGUUCUUCUGUCGCAAAGGGAGCUAGGAUUCCGCUUCCCUGGGAGCUACUGCAGCCUGUGUUGAGAAUUCUGGGUCACUGCCUUUUGGCUCCGCUUAAUGCGGAGGAGGUUAGGGAUUCUGCUUUGGUGGCGGUGCGGUGUUUGUACGCUAGGGCUUCUCAUGAGUUGGUUCCUCAGGCGAUUCUGGCAACCCGGAGUCUGAUUCAGCUCGAUAAGAGAGCUCGUGAGUCAGCUAGGGCAGCAGUGGCGGUGGCAGCAGUGGCUGCAAAUGUGGGUUCGAAUUCCAACACGCCCACAAAGGCCAAGAAGCCGGAGAUACUUUUGAUGUCGAAGUGAAAGCAGAGCAAUGUAACGUUUUUCUCUAACUGAUCUUUUGUAUUAUCUAUAUUUUGUUUUCUCUUCGUAGAUUAGAGUUACAGGAGGAAAUGAAUGAUUGGCUGUGGUUGUGUGUUGAUGCAUUGGAUUUGUAAAUGGAUUUCUGAGCUAUUGGUUGGUGUAUCAUUUAUGUACUUCGUCGGUUGUGUAGUAGUUUUAUUGUUCUGUGGAAUGUGUUUGUGCAAGGUUGUGCCUUUGCUUGGACAUUCAAUUGUAAUUUAUUUUCUCAACUGUAUAUUCUCGGUUGCUUUGAAAUGUGAUGUUUACUUUUUUGUGGUGAUAAA